UCAGUGUGUUACGUCACUGGAACCCCGGAAGAAGUGGCUCCGCAACAAGCGCAGCUGCGCUCCAGAGCUGUCAUAGCUGUGAAUCAGAAAACUUUGGGCAGUUUCAUCUAGUAUUUUAACUAAAACGGUUCAUUGUAGUUGGCUGACUGAUUCAGGGAGGCAGAGUUGCGGCUGUAUGAAGGAAGUCCGCCCGCCUCCACAUGUGCAGCGGGAUUAGCGGACCUCCGCGCUCACUGUAGUUGUGGUUGUGUGGGUGUGAAGGGCAUGCUGGGGCUCACUCUGCUCAGGGCUUUGCGGACCCAGCGCCCACCACGGCUGGUCGAGACGGCUCCGGUGCGGCGUGUCCCUUUAUCGGCUUCACGAUGGCUGUCCCCGCCGAGCUGGACGUGUCCCGUCCGCACGCUGCGGCUGAGCACCGCCUUCUGCGCAGGUCACAACAAGUGGUCAAAGGUCAAGCACAUCAAGGGUCCGAAGGAUGAGGCGAGAGGAAAAAUGAUCUCGAAGUUUGGGAUGAUGAUAAGAAUAGCUGUGAAGGAAGGUGGAUCCAACCCGGAACUGAAUAUAAACUUGGCCAACUUAGUGGAACAAUGCAGGAGCAAGAACAUCCCCAAAGCAUCCAUAGAUGCAGCAAUCAAGAAUGCAGAAAAAGCCAAACCCGCCUCCCAGCACAUGUUCGAGGCGCGGGGGCCCGGCGGCUGUGCGCUGCUCAUCGAGACUCUAACUGACAACAACACACGGACCCACCAGGAGAUCAAACGCCUGCUCACCAAGAAACGAGGGACGCUGUCUGACGGAGCUCGUCACAACUUUAUCCAGAUGGGUGUGGUGACGGCGCCUGCUGAGGACGUCUCCGCAGAGAAAGCGCUGGAGAUGGCCAUCGAGGCCGGAGCUGAAGACGUCCAAGAAACCGAGGAUGAGGAGGAGAAGCUCCAGCUGAAGUUUGUCUGUGCGGUGUCAGACCUGAACAAGGUGCGCGGCUCCCUGGAGGGGCUGGGAUUACACAUCACAUCUGCAGGCUUGGAGUUCGUCACUCGCAAUCACUCCUGCCUGGAUCAGGAGCAGAUGGAAGCUGCUUCCUCUCUCAUAGAGGCCCUCACUGACCUCCCAGAUGUAGUGAGAGUGUGGGACAAUAUCCAGGCCGACAGCUGAGACGAUCGGAGCGACGCUGCAUAUUUGGAGCGACCCGAAGAUUUGCCAUCUGAUAGCUUUUAUAAGAGCUGGAAACUGGGCAUGUUGUGGCAGAGAAGAGACGCUGUUGGAUGUUUUACCUGUGGAGAAAAAAAACAUUAAAAGAAUCAAAAUGUGGUUGCCAUUAA